CCCUCACUAUUUCGGUUCGGUUCUCCGAUCGAAUCAAAAUUUAAAUGUCAAAAUAUUUCAUCAUUUUGUAUUGAUUUCAUAACUUAGUUAAUUGUUACAAAAUAAUAAAUUACUCAUUGUAUUAUCUGAUCUAAUUAUUUAUUCGUACAGUCUCACCAUUCACCAUAGCGGUAUAUUCUUACUGUUUCAGUGUUUGUACGGUGAUGUUUAUUCAUUUACAUUCAUUGCUGGCAAGUGGACUUUCUUAGUGUGACCUUGACUCCGCCAAACAGCUGGUGCCCUAAACAUGGAAUCUUUCUUCAGCCUGUUCGAUCCGUCGGACGGACAAAAUAAGCCGACGAAGAAACGGCACAAAAAUGAAGCUGACAAAAAUGGAGAUAUGCCUAAAGGCAGGCGUCGAGGCCGUAGAGCACACGGGAAACACGAGACACUACCAGAAGAAUCCUCUUUCCUCUGCGACCCGGAUCUAACCACAGAACUUUUAGUGAAAGAUUGUAGUUAUAUAGAGAACUACAUAGAGGUCAAUAAGAAAGAGGAUGAUCAAAAAGAAUCAGCUAAUAAGCUGCGUAAAAGGAAUUCGGGAAGAAAAAACAGAAGGAAAAGGAAUAAAAUAUCACCCGCGCAGGAUUUCUUGCCUGGCGUAGCGUGGGCACAAGAUGGGGUUCAUUCUAGCAACACAGAAAAGAACCUCAACAACCAACUGUCAAAACCCAAAUACUGCGACGAGAAAAUCGGCAAAAACGUCAACAAUUUAAAAAUGGAUGACUACAAGCGGGAAAAGAGGAAAGAAAGCAUAGACAAGGAGCGUAUCACAGACUCGCACAGAGUAUAUAAUGUCAUAGACAAACUGGAGAAAGUCGGGAUCAAAGACAAUAUGUAUCUGGCGGGGGAUUUCGAUGAUGACAAUUUGGAGAGCGAUUUCUUCUAUAGUGAUGAAGAAAUGGAGGAUUUUAGGGAUGAUAGCACAUCAGACGCGGACGACACGGGCGACGAGUGCUACGGCUCGCUGCCGCCGGAACCACGUUUUGGGAACGUUGAAUAUAAGUUGCAAUUGGCCUCACCUUGUGAGAGAAGGUUUCAGCAUUUGGUUACGCAGCUAAAAUGGCGUCUCCGCUCCGGCGGUGGUACGGCGGUAUACGUGAUAGGGGUCCGUGACUGCGGGGCCCUACGGGGCCUCAGGGCCCCCGCGCUCAAGGCCUCGUUGCGAUCGCUCCGUCGUAUGGCAGCUGCGAUAGGGGCGGCCUUGGUGUCGGUUCGGGCGCGGAGAGUGGCGGGCGAUAGGGCUGUAGCUGAGGUUUAUAUACGGAAGUUGGCCGAUACACAACAAAGUGUGGAAUUGAGGAUUGCCGUGAUGGGAGCGAACGAAGCUGGGAAAUCUACCCUCAUUGGAGUACUUACACAGGGUGAACUAGACAAUGGCCGCGGUAGCGCUCGUCUGAACAUGUUCAGACAUUUGCACGAAGUCAAAAGUGGCAGGACGUCUUCAUUGAGCCACGAAAUACUGGGGUUCGAUGCUCAGGGCAAUGUAAUAAACUACGGUUGUUCCGAACUAAUGACAGCUGAGCGUAUAGGCGAAAGGAGUGCGAAGUUGGUGUCGUUUCUAGAUUUGGCCGGGCAUAGUAAAUAUCAGAGAACAACAUUGCACGGACUGACCGGGUAUUGCCCGCAUUAUGCUAUGUUAGUGAUCUCAGCAACGGCCGGUAUAACGAGUAUAACAGAAGAACACAUAGGAUUACUACUGGCUCUAGACCUACCGUUUUUCGUUGUUAUCAGCAAGUGUGAAUUGGCCAGUAACGCUGUACCGGUUUUGAUGCAACAACUGGACGUACUGCUUGCGCCGGCUAAAAAGAAACCCCUUCUAAUAACAGACGAGAAUCUGGCCCGAAACUGCGUCGUGCCACAAAAGUCGAUUUUGGAUACAAUAGAUCAGACAGACGAACAGACGCAGGACUCAGACUACCAGCACAUCCCGGUGUUCCCGGCGAGCUGUGUGCGCGGCGCCGGCCUCAACGCGUUACAUGCGUAUUUGUUAGCUCUGCAACCGCCGGACACACCGCAACAGGAGAAUAACGCUGAUGACACAUGCGAGUUUCAAAUAGACGAGAUAUUCCAUGUGGGUGAUUCUUCAGGACCGGUUGUGGGAGGGCUCGUGGCUAGAGGGAGGAUUUGUGAAGGAGAUGAGCUUGUGCUGGGUCCGCUAGAAGACGGCUCGUUCGCAACAACGCACAUACGCUCUAUAUACCGCAACCGCGUGCCGUGCGGUCGGGCUCGCGCAGGACAAUCUGCGUCGUUAACGUUGGCCCGACCGCCCGCGCUGAGACCCGGUAUGGUGCUGUUGUCCACACCGAAAAACCAGAACCAAGAUAAGAAUCACAAAAACGUCAGACGGAAAAACACGAACAUACUACAGGACAUAGCUAACGUACAAAACAUGCUAACAAAGAACUUACACCUCGACACAAACGAUGACAACGAACACAAUGACAUUAAUGUCAAAGAUGUCCAACCUGACAUAAAUGUCAAAGACAUUGACACAAAUACUAUAAAAGACACGGAUGACAUAAUUGUCAAAGAUACGGAACAUGUCAAAAGUGUGGAACAUGUCAAAAAUAUAGACCUUGACAUAAAUGUCAAAAGUGUAGACCAUGACAUAAAUGUCAAAAGCGUGGAACAUGACAUAAAUGUCAAGACGUCAUCCCGCGGGAAAGUAGAUAAGAUGACAUUAAAAGAGAUGAGGGAGGAUGGGAAGGAGUUGAGGUAUUUCGGGGAAGGGGAUGAUAAAGUGUGGCUGGAGGAUCCUAAUAAUCCCAGGGGAUGUAUAUAUUUUCAGGCAACCGUGCACGUGAUACGUCACGCUACAGCCAUAUACCCUGGCUUUCAAUGCUCCGUUCAUGUCGGUAAUGUGCGACAAACGGCUAUUAUUGAGGGUAUUUUUUCACCGAACAACGUAGUGCGUGCAGGGGAAACUGCCUCUGUGGUGUUUCGGUUUCUCCGUUGUCCGGAAUUCCUUGUGUCUGGCAGACGAUUACUCUUCACAGCUGGACUGGGGACUAGAGCAAUCGGACGCAUCACACAAACGUUUCCGUACAUACCUUGAUACCUUUAAAAAAUUAAAAUAUCUGUGUUUGAAUAUUGACCUAUAAUAUAGGUUUUCUUUAAUAUCUAAUAGACAUAAAAAACCACAAAAAACUUUAGACAGGGUUUAACUUUAAGCGCGUGUUCUCUUUAAUCUGGUUUUGUCGUAUUUCACAUAGACAACUGUUAAAGUGACAGAUCCCUGGUUUAAAGUUUUGUGGUACUUUUUAUGUCUGGAGAAAAUAUCAUAAUGCCAUGAUAAUUUUUAUUCUUAUAUAAAAUGAUUCCUAUCAUAAACUAACUUAGUAAAAAAAUAUUGUACGACUUGAACUACUUUUUGGAAAAGUCGGUUUAAAAUAAUAAUAAGAAAAAUGUUCGAUAAAAAAUAACAUCUCAUAUAAUCUCAUUUU